UGUAAAAGUGUAGCCGUGCUUACAAGUUGUCGCGCAUUGUUGGAGCGCUCUCAAAACUAACUCGCUUGCGUUGAUAAAGAAAAGCAGCGUGCGCUCGAGUGGUCUCUGAGCAAGUUGGCUCUUAUCUGAACUUCAAUCUGCACCGACCGUGCUUAGUUCAUCAGUUUGAACACACAGUGCUAGCGGAAACAAUUAUUACCAGCAUUCCAAAAAUCUAUCGAAUUUUGAUAAAAUGUUUAUGCAUCGUUUCCACCGUGUCGACCGUUCCGAUGGAUGGCGGAUUUAUCUCAGACCAUCCUACACUUUGUCCUCCCAAACCGGCCCCAAAAGUAGCGGAACUUCGAAAGAAAAUCCCCCCACUGAUAACGAUACGCAGGUGUAUGUGAAGGAUUUCCCAGACAACUUUACAGCCUCGGAGCUGCGUAACCUGUUCAUGAGGUUUGGCUGCAUCACCAGCCAUCGCAUCAUCAUGCGGGAUGGCAAGAGUCGCGGCUUUGGCUUUGUCAACUUCAAGCUCGAAGAAGAUGCGGUGAAAGCGGUGGCGGAGCUGCACGGCAAGCACCAGUUUCCGAACGGGAAGCGUCUUCACGCGACGGUGGUGCAGAAAAAUGUGCUGUACGUUAAGCAUCUUCCGGAAGAUGUAACAUGGAAGCAGCUGCUCCAGCUGUUCGCGACGCAGGGCAGCGUCAAGUACGCGAACUUGGUAAUGGACGAGCGCGGCAUCGACCGGGGCUACCCGUCGGGCAUGGCCACCGUCUGCUUCCACAAGUCCGAACAUGCCGCUCUUGCGAUCGCGAACCUAAAUGGUGCCCGCGUGCUAGGGAAUCGUCUAACGGUGGAAUACGUGAAAACGAAGAGCGAACUGCGGAAGGAAAAGUUUGACAUCUACUUUAAAUCAGAUGAUUCGUCCACCAGUGCAACCACACUGAACGAUGUGUCUCCCCUUCCUCUCGUUCCGACGUCGGACGAUGCCGCACGCGAGAAACAAUCGUUUGCCAUCCGGUUGAGUACGGCUGUGCGAGGCGUUUUUCCAGAGAAACGUGAACAGAUCGUACAACUACUGCUCGAGUUUGAUAAUGCACAGCUGUCCUUGAUGCUGGACCAGCCGAAUUUGCUGAAACAGAAGGUGGAGGCCGCCGAACGGCUUAUUGCAAAGGUAGAGUCAGCGUCAAUUGAGCGACUACGGCUUCUGUAAGAGUUUGUGCCCUUAUGGGGAAGUAUAUGAGGGGUAGAAUUAGUUUAUCAUUCGUUAUCAAAUGUGGCUCUGGAAUGCUUUCUCGCAAGCAUGGCCCAAGCCCAUUCUGCCUGUUCACACUUCUAGUUCAUUGAAUUUAAUCAUUUAACAGAUAAUAUAUUUCACAAAAUCCGAUAAA